UACAGCACGAAAUAUGUUCCUAACCUAUAAAAGAGGCUGCUGUUACCACACAUAGAACAUAUAUACGAGUGUUUAAUUUUAGUUUCCACGAUUUUUGCAAUAUUAACUAGCAAAAAUCAGUAAAAACAUAUUAACGUUUAUACAUAUAUUUGAAAGAAAGCUACAAACAUUCAAUGAAAAACAUGUCAACAUUAUUGCGACUUGUUCGUUCUCAAGGAAUUAGGAACAGAGCGACAUGUUUAACAUUCAGAGAUAAUAAAGUGUAUAAUGUAACACAUCGCAAUAGCUCUUCAGCAGUUAAACAGGAGGAAGUAGAUAAAGAAGAGCCAUAUAAAGUAAAACGUACAUGGAGGAGUUACGGAUUUGACUUCGAAGAUGAAAAACUAGAUCGUCAUUUUAUGCAUCAGACACUUUUUGUUGUUAUUAGUAUAUGUUUCGUUGGUGGAUCGUUUAUAAUUGCUUAUAUGCCAGAUCAUAAAUUAAAGGAUUGGGCUCAGCGCGAAGCAUAUAUACAGCUUCGUUAUAGAGAAGAAAAUGGUUUACCUCUAAUAGAUCCAAAUGUUGUAGAUCCAUCAAAGUUCACUCUUCCAUCUGAGGAAGAGCUUGAUGAUAUGGAAAUAGUUAUUUAAACACUACAAAAAGCAUUGUAUAUAACAAUAAAAAUAAACUUUAGCAUUUUUAGAUAUUAACAUCAUUGUUCUACUGAUAUACAUACGUGUAUUUAAGUUAUAAUAGUAUGUAUAAUAUGUAAUAAAUCAUUUUCAUUAUA